AUGAGUCCCUCGAGUACCUUAGACGAGGCCGCAAGAGCACACACAGGCAGUCACAGCACUAAGAAUGGCAAGCACAACUCCAACGGGUCAUCUACGCCAAAAGUAGUGUCAAAGGCUACACGCAAGUGGCAUUUUGAUACUCUUCAGGUCCAUUCUGGUCUCGAGAAUGAAACAGCCCAUGGGCAAUGCUCCCUGCCAAUCUACAACUCAGCAUCAUUCCGCUUCAAGUCAUCCAAGAGCAUCGAGGAUGCCUACAGCUUUUCAGAUGGCCCGAGGAGCCAGUUUUACAUGUACAGCCGACUUUCCAAUGUGAGUACUCUCAUCCCAACCCCGGUAAGAUGGUGGCUGAUGAAUGUGAAGCCAAGUAAUGUCGGCUUCGAAAAGCGCAUGGCAGCUCUGGAGCUCGGGCAAGACGCUCUUAGCUUCGCAAGCGGCGCUGCUGCAAUUCUGACAGUCGCGCAAUCCUUGGUGACUGUUGGUGAUAAUGCUGUUGUGAGCGGUUCUGUUCAUGGUGGAACAUAUCAUCAAUUCGAAGUCAUCCUCCCUGCCAUGGGUCUAGAGUGUCGCAUCAUGGACACAAAUGACCUAGAAAAGGUUGAAGCGGCGAUUGAUGAGAGGACAAAGUUCGUCUUCACUGAGACCAUCAGCAACCCCAAGUUCGCAGUAGCAGACUUGGAGGGUCUUUCAGCCAUUACACGACGUGCAAAGAUUCCUCUAAUCGUCGAUGCCACCUUUUCAGCUGCUGGCUUCUUCUGCCAGCCAGCCAGAUUCGGUGUCGACAUUAUCAUCCACUCAGCUACCAAAUGGAUCGGUGGUCAUGGAACCACGUUGGGCGGAGUUGUCAUAGAGACUGGUGUUUCUGACUGGCAGUCCAAUGCAGCUCGCUAUCCUCAUCUUCACGCAAAGAGAGGCCGCGAAGGCACCGACACCAGCCUCUACGACCAGUUUGGUAAUGAAGCAUACAUGAGCUUCCUGCGAUGGGAGUUCAUGCGCGAUACAGGAGCUUGUCUCGGUGCGCAGGCCGCUCAGCAGCUCUUCAUCGGCGUCGAGACCCUUUCGCUUCGCUGUGAGCGCCAGCACCGGAAUGCUCUGUUCAUAUCGUCUUGGCUGCGCAACCACCCGCGCAUCGCUUGGGUCAAGUACUUGGGCUUUGAAGACCACCCGUAUCACCAGCUCGCCUUAAAGUACCUCAAGGGAUUUGGAACUGUCAUGACCUUUGGUUUCAAAGGGACAGUGGACAUGGCAUUUGAUGUUGUUGAUUCGUUUGAGAUUAUCUCGAAUACGCCCAAUGUUGGAGAUGCAAAGACUACUGUAGGGCAUCAUUGGUCGACGACGCAUAAGGGGUGUUCUGUUGAGCAGAACGAGGCAAUGGGUGUGCAUGAGGACCUAUUCCGGUUGUCACUUGGUAUUGAAAAGGUGGACGAUCUCAUUGCUGAUUUCCAGCAAGCCUUUGACGCAGUGCCACUCAGAACCUAA